AUGGCAUACGACGAACGAAAAAUUAGUUCGUAUUCAGUGUAUACAGAGGGAUUUCGAUUCCAUCCAACAGAUAGAGAAUUGAUGAAAUACCUCUUACAUUACGUAAUAAAUAAACCGUUGCCUACAUUAGUUCCAAUUGAACAAGAAGAUCUUUAUUCAAAAGAUCCAUGGGUAUUUUUUGAUGGUAGAAAAGAGAAGACGAUGUAUUUUUUUACGGAGUUGAAGAAAAAAAAGAAAGAAAAUACGAGAUAUGUUCGAAGUGUUGGAAGUGGUUCAUGGAAAUCACAAGACAAAGGCAAAGCUGUAAUUAGUGAACGAGGUUCGAUAUUGGGAUACAAAAGAAGUUUAAGGUAUCAAUGGAAAGCGUCAGAACACGAUGGACAAUGGCUCAUGAAAGAAUAUUCAAUAUCGGAUGAAGUUAAAAAACAAUUACGUAAACGAGUACGUGACUAUAACAAAGAAAAUUACGUACUUUGCCGAGUGAAAAGAAAGAAAGGGGAAGACGAUCCAAUUGAACAAAAAGAGACAAUUGAAACUGAAGAGCUCAAUUCUAUUAUUGAUGAUCCUCUUAAUGGCGUAUUAAAGCCUAUAGCAACAUUGAAUCUGACUCUCUAA